AACAAAAGAUAAGAUGGCUGAGCUCAUUCCAACAAAGAUCGAACGGUUUAUUCUACAUAACCGCGUUAAAAUCGCCUUUGAUUAGCUUUACGAAAACAUGACGUGCUUCCAGCUUGGUUGGCUGAUCUUGGGAAUCAUUUUCGUCGCCGAAAAUGGACAAAGAUCGGUUGUUUCUGGAAUGCCAGUGGAUAAGUUUGGCGGAAGUGGGCUGUGCGGCUUCAAUUUCAGGGCGAUCGGAGCCGAAGCAGAACGCUCUCAUAUUGCUUUUGAGGUUGUCUAUCGAGAUGCAAGUUCUGUCCUUGCCAAUAGUACUAACUGCAAUAUGGAGUUCUGGCACGACGCAACUGGACUCAGCGUGCCUCCAGGAAAUAAAAGAUCAUUGGAUAAACUUGAAGUUCAAUUGACAAGAGAGAAUGCCAAACUGUUCAAGAUUUUUGUCAACAAAGAGACACAAGGGUGGUUAGAAUCCAAUGUAAAUUCCAUUGUAAGGAUCGUAUGUCCCAACCGGAAGUUAAAUUGCAUUCGGUUUCUAUCUAAUGAGAAAGGUACAUCACGCAUGCGCAGGAGUUUAUUAAGCAUUGACAACCUAGUUACUAAGGAUGGCAUUUCCUUGAAGCCGAUUCUCCUGUUGGUAGCAGGAGCUGUGAUGCUUAUAAUAGCUGGUAGCCUUUGCACUGAUUGUAAGAACACCAAAGAUGACGAAUCAGUAUCCAGACCUGAACUUGUUGGUUGUCAUAAACGUGAAAGCCAACGCACGAUAACACCAGAAGAACAACAAGGUGACGAAAAAACCUUCCUCGAGUCUGAAGAUGUUGUAAUGGAGACCGCGGAGAAGAUCGAUGGAGAUUCUUUACAGGCAGACAACCACAAGCCGCGGACCACCACUACUCACUACGAGCCACCGCCGAGUAGUGUGCAGCCCCCCGGGCCGCCGAGCAGCACGCAGCACGGACCGCCAGUUACCAUGGAGACCGGGUUGUCAAGUAACACUCAGUCUGUACAAGCGAACGGUACACAGCCCGAGGCAGAAUCCGGACAUGAAAUAAGCCGGGCGUUGACAGCAGGGAGUUCGAAAAAGAAACACGGAAGUGACAGUGACAAUGAAGAACAUAAAACCAGGUUCUGGAAGCGAAAACCCUCAGCUAGAACUAGUAAUACUUCUGGGACAGCUCGAUCUGUGGAUAGAACUUCCGAUGCGGUGUUUCAAGACGAGGAAAACAAAAACAGACGAUCAAAGAAAGAACUGAAGACAAAGCCCGGGAAAACAAAGCGAAGAACAAGCUCCACUGAUAGUGAAAAAGACCAAAAGACUACAUUACAAGAUGAACACUCUGAAAGACCUCGAGAGACAACCCCAACUUUGGAGCGCCACGUCAGGGAACUUCCGCUCCCACCGGAUAGCUCCAGUCCUGCCCUCCCAACACGGCCUGUCCCUCAGAGACAAUUUUCCGCCCCAGAAGGAGCCGAAGACAAUGCCUACGAGCCGGUCGACAUGAGAAAAACUAAAUCGAUGGAAAGGGUCAAAGCUACCGACCCACCAAAAUAUGAUACUUACGAUGCAGUCCAAGAAAGUGUGGGAAAACCUCGGCUACCUUCGCUUGAUUACGACUCACUUGAUGGGAUCGACGCUGGUGCUCGAACGAGUGACCUUUACGAAGUUGUUGAUGAUGCUCAGACGAGAGAGACUGGGGAUGACUUGUACGCUGAAGUUGAAACAACUGGAAAUGAAAAGGGCAAGAACGAGGAAGUAGUCGCAAAUGAGGAUGUAACUGAAGAAGAUCCUUAUUCAAGAAUAGGAACAUUACAACACCGAGAGAAGGCAGAAAACUCGGGACCUAAUGGAGACGAAGAGGAGCCUUAUCCAGAAAAUUCCGAACUGUAUGAAGAUGUGGAAAAAACACAAGAAAAUCUCGAUACAAACCACAAGUACUCGGCCGUGGAUAAAGAAGAGGUGUUGCGUUUGAUGAAUCAGGAUGGGACAAACACGGACUCAAGUGAUCGCAAACGGGCGCAGAGCGAUGCAGUAGUGUUGCGGCGACCUGAGAACGAGUUACCCAAGCGCCCCAAUACGGUGCAUGUGGUGCGGACAACGAAAGGCGAGGUUACACAAGUAAAAGGCGAGGCUGCAUCAGCUCCAUUUGACUACACUUACGCGGAAGUGGACCUCAGUAAGAAAACGAGGUGGCGGCGAAAUACCGAAGGCGAAGAAACCCACGAGGAGGAAGCCAGAGACUUGGAUUUUCCCCCUCCCCUUCCCCCUGCGUAUGUGUCGUCGAGGCAAGUUCAGAUUGAAAUGGGAAGAACUGCGGAUUUGUCCAUAGACAACAGAGAAAAUCUCUACGAUGAAGUAGCCCAGCGAGAGCGUUCUCCAAAUAUGGAGUUAUUAGUACCCGUAGACGAGUCUAAUCGAUUGUCAUCUGCGUCCGAUUACUACGAACUUGUUGAAGUGGUUGCGAAGCCAAAUAGUCCGAUUGUCCGCACAACGGAGGAUAAUUAUUCGGAGAUUGUAGAACGCGAGCCCAGAUCGAAGGUGGAUGGUGGCCGUGGGAGGCCUGUGAACGUGGAAAUCUGUGGUGCGCCCGCGAACGUCUCAGUUACGGUUACCAGCUCUAGCGGGGCAGUAGAUGGUAACGUUAAAAAUGAAGAAAUGUCUCUUUAUGAGCAAGUAGAACGUCGAAAAGAACGCAAAGAGCCGAGUAAAGACCGACGCAACAGACGACGAAGAUCCGCAAGUGGAAAACGUAGAGAUGGAUAUAGAAGAGAACUGAGUGAUCUGUUUGAAGCAAUUACAUUUGAAUCAACUACAGUUGAUCAGUUAUCGGGCCCCAAGCUCAACCUACAAACGAGCAUCAACAGUCGGCCAAGUGCACUCAAGGCCAAGCUAGACACAAGAGCUCAAGGAAACAUACCGCCUUUGAAACUGUAUCUCCGGAUGUACCCAGAGAAUCUCACACCAGAAGGUUUUCCCAGACCAGGAGUUCUUGAACACUCGACUACAGUGCUCACUGCUUAUGGAGGGACCGAGCUGAUGCAACAUGGGAAGUGCCAAAUUGAUUGUGAUUGCAAAGGUAGGAAAUCAGUCACAACUUUCUUUGUCACGCAAGCAGAAGGACCAGCCAUCACGGGGGUACCAACAUCCCUGGAACUCAACCUUGUCGCUCUANCAGGAGUAAAGACCGACGCAACAGACGACGAAGAUCCGCAAGUGGAAAACGUAGAGAUGGAUAUAGAAGAGAACUGA